AUGGACUUCGCAUCGCUCAUGUCGGCGCAAAUCGCCAAAGGCAAACCUGCGUCAAAAUCAAAGACGCUGGAGCAAGCAAAGCCAUCCAAAUACAUCAAGCGCGCCGAUGUCGAGGCACAACGACAAGCCGAAUACGCCGCCGAGCAGAAAGCAAUCGAAGACGCGCGACUCGCGAGGCUAGAGAAGAAGCGCAAGUUUGAGGAGGACGAGACGGAGAAGAACAGAGCAAGAGAGGAGAAGCGAAAGAGGCUGGCCGAAGAGAGCAGACGACUGAGAGAGGAAGAAGAGGAGAAGGAGGAGAGGAUCCGCCGAAAGAGACUGGGGCUCCCAGAGCUGCCACCGAAAGAGAAGGCUCUCGAGAGCGGCGAUGCCACAGCUGCGCCUGAGAACGACACGCCAGACGAAGAGCUGGUACAAAAGUUGAGGGAGAUGAAAGAGCCGACGCGCCUGUUCGGAGAAACACAUACUGGCCGAUUGCGAAGAUACCGAAAACUCGCUGGCCUGGAUGCUACAGGCAAGCCGAAAGCAGUCAUGUAUCCAGGCCCUAUCCCGACGGCUCUUCAGCCUGUACCCGAAGCCGACAUGAAGGUACCUGCCACUGUUCCCAAGGACCCGGACGCUCGAUCCUUCCUCCGCCGUCAACUCGCCUCAUACUUCACUCUUGUCUUGUCGGAAUGGCAAGUCUCGUUGUCUCUCCGAGAUGAAGCUGUAAAGACAAGCAGUAGCGGCAAAGCUGCCUACAGUGCUAUGGUUCAAGCUCGCGACAGCAUGGUUCCGCUAUAUAGGAAAUUGGAAAGAGGAGAGGUUGAGGAGGGCAUUUUGGGUCCGAUUGUUGAGAUUGUCCGAGCCUGUCAAGAGAGACGUUACGUCGAUGCCAAUGAUGCCUACCUACGUUUGAGUAUCGGAAAAGCUGCCUGGCCUAUUGGUGUCACCAUGGUCGGCAUCCACGAGAGAUCCGCACGCGAAAAGCUACAUGCAAACGACACGGAUGCUGCGCAUAUCAUGAGUGAUGAAAUCACUAGAAAAUUCUUGCAGUCCAUCAAGAGAUGCCUGAGUUUCUCACAAACCCGCUGGCCACCAACCACUCCCCUGCAGCUCAUGGGCGCAUUCGGAACCUUGAGAAGAGAUAAUGCACUUUACGGUGCCACUGAUGAUCCUGCAGCUAUUGCACAGCAGAUGUGGGCGGGAAACACGAAUGUUAUCCGGACGGAACAAAUCCAGCAAAGUGCAUACCAGCAACAUCUAGACCAGGGAACUGAACCACCCGCAUUAUCUCCAGACACUGUUCGCUACUGGUCCGACUUCAACAGGGUGUUCUAUCAUCCCAAGUCGAUCGUUCAGUUGCAGGAGUACGAGUUGAACUCUGCGCUUAUGCCCUUUGAGAAAUGGGCAACUGGAGAGGAUCUGUUCGACAGUCUUGACAAAGAACACGACCUCCUGGACAGAGACUUACGGCCUUUCCUGGAAGAGUGUGACCAACUCCAAGCGAUUCAGAUGAUCACUUCCGCCGAUGAUGCCUGGGGUGGAUUCGCAGCCAAGUAUCUGGAAAGAAUGCGAGACGAACUCGGAAAGACGAGUGCCUGGGUAUGGGGUCUUGAGGAAGGUGGACGCAAGCCAAGGGACAAGCAAAUCUUACAGAUCGCCAAUGUUGCACAGUCGAUCUACCAGAUUUCGAGCCAGGCAAGCAUGUAUAUCCCAUUGACCACACUACCGGAUGUGCUGCCGUCGUACAUCAAUCUGAAUGGGUCGUCUAGAUGGCACACUUCUGCAUUGCAGCUGCUGGCUAUAGAAAGCAUAACUCUGCCAACCAGACUGCGUUCAAAUCAUCAAGGUCGCUCGUCGUUUGCUGACAUUGAGACUUUGUUGAGCAAUGAUGGCAACCGCAGAGUCGCCCAACUCAAUAUGAGCAUCAAAGAUCCAGCUGAACUUGAAGAAGAAGUAGAUGGCCAUACAACACAACAUGACAGCAGAAUGAACGGCUUCACAAAUGGAAAUCACAGUCAUGAUGAUUCGGACGCCAAAGACCUCGAUAUAGACAUGCAGCCAAAGACUGCAAACCUGACUGGCAUACGAGGCAACGAGUCUCGCCGAACACACGUAUUCAGUCAGUUGCAGAGUCUCCGCGGCAAGUGGAAGUCGAGCAUCGAAAUCGAAGACGCGAACCUUGCAUCUCGUGAUCGCUUUGGUCAUGGUCCCAGGAUUGAAUGUCACCAAUCUUCACUACUUUUCCCUGUCAUCGACAGCUUCCCACAGGUGUUUGCGUCUGGUAACAUUGUCCAGAAGCUCGCCGUGCAAGCGACUCUGUCCACAACUACUUCAGUCGCCAAGAGAAUACGCUCGGUGGAAAGGAUCGCUCGCUCAAUAAUCGGAAUUGACGAGCGUGAGGCACUUUGUGAUGGACUUGUUGGGAUAUGUGAGGAAUAUGAGGAUGGAUGGGAGAGUGGUAGCGAGAGCGAUGAUGACUCUUGA